GUUGCAGAUUCUGAAGACGACCUUUGCCGGUGGUUAGAGGAAGCAAUCGGCACGACACCCAGGGAGUGGAAAGUAGAUCAGGUGGUAGACUUCAAGAACUUCAUCUUGGGCGUCACCGACAUGGGAGACAAGUUGGUCGUCCGAGACUGCUACAUCAAAAUGAAGGAGGAAAUCGCUACAUGGUUGAAGGAAAUGGCCAAGGCGCCCACAGGUUUGUUUGUCGUGACUGGCACUCCGGGCACAGGAAAGUCUGUGUUUCUUGCGUUCGUGGCAGCGUAUUUCGCAGAGGAGAACAAGAGUGCCAUCGUCAUUCAGCGUGGGAACAGAUGGUGGUCGCGACCUGUUGCGGGCAAAACGGUAAGUCAUGGUGAGACAAAGCCAUUAGGGCUGCUGGAUUCGUCAGAGACGCUGCUCCUCGCAGACCCGAUUGGUGGCGAGAAUAAGGCAGCAGUGGAGUAUCGCGCACAGGGUUGCACGAUUGUGUUCACAUCGCCCAGCCACACGAGUUACCAUUCAGCGUGGAGUCAGCUACAGAGGCACAGCACAAAGAGGUUCAUGCCUAUCUGGAAGGCAGCCGAAGUAUGGAAGCAUGCCGCCGCUCUCUUUGAAGGGGCAGAGCUCGACCGAGCAAAUGUUGAAGACGCCUAUGCCAAAGUUGGUGGAUGUGUUCGUUGGUUGCAGCGGGUGCUUGUGAAGAAGCAGGAGGCAAAGAAAAUACUUGCAAAAUACAUAACAUGCAGCGAUGUCAGUCACCUGUCAACAAUUGUGAAGCGAGCGGUGUCGACUCCUGACAACUUGGUCAACCCGAGCGACAGCAGGAUGAGCUACAUGUUUCAAAUGGAUUCGGAGGCAGACUUCACCGAGGAUAACAUGAAGAUGCAGUUCGUUGACUCCGAAGUUGCCGUAGACGCUCUCACGGAAAAGUUGAAGCUGCAUGAGCAAGAAAAGCGGUUGGAGUUCAUUACCACCUUCGUGGCUGAGGGCUUAAUGGGCUCGUUGGUCGGCAAGUUUUUUGAGAAGCACGUGAAGCACAAGCUGACAGCGGAUGGAGAGGUCCAACUUCGCUACACUCCCAUCGGAAACAAAGGCUCGAAAGAACAAACAGUGAAGAUUCCAAGCAACUUUGAGGAGCUCAAGACGCGGGACAAGGUGGUAGCCAAAACUGGCCUCAUUCCAGACAAGCUAUACAAUCCUUCGUCGGAGGUGUUCGCUGCAGCGGACUUGUUCUUUGUCACUGGAUCAUCGAGUCAGACACUUUGGCUGCUUCAGAUAACCAAGGCAGAGACGCACGACUGCAAGAUUGGGGCUCUCCAUGCAACCAUGACUAGGUAUUUCAGAGAUUUGAACAAUAUCCAGUGCAUCAAGUGGAUCGUGGUAGCACCAGCAUGUAUCAACUUAAGUGCUUACAAGCGGGCUCCUCAAGUUGUUCACGGCGCGUGGACGAAUGGCACAAAGAAGUUGGACGUGGAGCAACAUGUCUCACCCUUUGACAUGAAAGCGUGA